UACCGCUUACUCAUUCACCAACCUCACCGCCGCUUACACCUUUUAUGCCAGAAACGAAUGGCCCUAAAGUACCUGGAUCACGUUCAGAGUUAAAGGGUGUACUCAGAAAAGAAAGAUACGAAUAUAAAGCACCUUGGCCUGUAUAUGGCUUAGAUUGGUCAAAACGACCUGGUGAUAAAUCGUUUAGACUUGCUUUAGGAAGUUUUAUCGAAGAAAAUGCAAACAAG